AUGAUCCCUCAGCGUCGGAUUUAUCUCCCCUACUACUCUGAGGGCUUCGACUACUUACGUCCAUGUGGACAGUCCUGCCGUCCAUUCGUUCCCCAGUGGCAGCAGCAGAAUCCAGUGACCUGCCCCCCUGCUGGUUUUACCACUGGAAGAGUUGCUGACUAUGCUAAAGCGUUUUAUCCGUCUCACGUCCGGCCUUCAAUGUCCAGUCUGGCUGUGACGAUGAACCCCGUCCAUCAGCAACUGUUCACAGCUCCACUGAUCAGAAAAGAGCGUAAACAGAUCAUAAUAAAAGACCCCACUCAGGGAGGACGGGACAUCACAAAUGAAAUCAUGACUGGAAGAUGGACCACGUCUCAGGUUAUAAUAAAGGACCCCACACAGGGAGGACGGGACAUCACAAAAGACAUCAUGUCUGGAGAAUGGACCACACCUACAGAAACGUCACCUCAUUCUGUAGAUGCAGAGGUCCAGACUAACAGUGAUCCUGUAAAACCUGCUGCUGUGGCUGUGCUCAGAGGACUAUUAGAGAGUGUUGAAGAUCCUGCAGCUCCCACUGAGACUGAAUCUUCUGCAGCCAAUGAGAACCCAGGAUCAGAUGAAGCCGUUUCCAAACAUCAUGAUGAUGUCCAGGAAGCUGACGAACUCUCGGAGAAGAUCAAGCCUGAGGAGGACCACUGUGAUCAAAAUAAACAGCAGCAGAGAAAGAAAUACAGCCGCGACUUUCUGCUGGACCUGCAGCUGAACCAGUUAAGCCUGCAAAGACCCAAAGUCCAGCAGCACGUUCCUGAUGUUGUACUGGACCAGCCCCUGCUACAGAAUUUGUAUUUGAGGGACCAGAUGAGGGAGUUCAAACCCUCAGUUACAAACCUGGACAGCACCGUUCCUGAGCCCGUUAAUGUCCAGGAGGAAAAGAUCAACGAGGAGAACGUCUCCCUCAAGUCGGACCACUGUGAUCAAAAUAAACAGCAGCAGAGAAAGAAAUACAGCCGUGACUUUUUGCUGGACCUGCAGCUGAACCAGUUGAGUCUGCAAAGACCCAAAGUCCAGCAGCACGUUCCUGAUGUUGUACUGGACCAGCCCCUGCUACAGAAUUUGUAUUUGAGGGACCAGAUGAGGGAGUUCAAACCCUCAGUUACAAACCUGGACAGCACCGUUCCUGAGCCCGUUAAUGUCCAGGAGGAAAAGAUCAACGAGGAGAACGUCUCCCUCAAGUCGGACCACUGUGAUCAAAAUAAACAGCAGCAGAGAAAGAAAUACAGCCGCGACUUUCUGCUGGACCUGCAGCUGAACCAGUUGAGUCUGCAAAGACCCAAAGUCCAGCAGCACGUUCCUGAUGUUGUACUGGACCAGCCCCUGCUGCAGAAUUUGUAUUUGAGGGACCAGAUGAGGGAGUUCAAACCCUCAUUUGAUAACAUGGAAAGACUCCUUUCUGAGCCUGUUGAAGACCAAGAAGAGAAAAUGGACAUAGAGAACAUUUCCAAGCACGCUGGUUCCAAUAAGCUCCCCCAGAGGAUCAAAUAUGACCGGGAGUUUCUAUUGAACCUACAGAUGACCAGUGCAAGCCUGCAGAGGCCCAAAGUAAUGCUGGACAUCAAGAACAUUGUACUGGACAAGCCACUUCAGCAGCAGUUGUUCUUAAGGGACCAGAUGGUUUCUGGAAAGAGUUUCAGUCCCUUGAUAGCAAACCAAGACUGUCAGAAGAAAGAAGGUGAACGAGAACUGCCCUCCAGGAUGCAUCAUCUUCAGAGAGACCAAUGUAGAGAGCAGCGUAAAGUCAUCAACGUCUCUCUGAACAACGACGUGCAGCUUCACAAGGCUGAGAAAGCCUGGAAGCCGGCAAUAAAAAAGAGCUGCACUCAAGAAAAGGAUCGAGAGGCGACCGAGACUCAGGAGCUGUUUCAGAAAGUGUGCAGCAUCCUGAACAAAAUGACACCAGAAAAGUUUCAGCAGCUGAUGAAGCAACUCACCGAGCUCCCCAUCAACACAGAGGAGCGACUCAAAGGUGUGAUCGAGCUCAUCUUUAAAAAAGCAGUUGCUGAGCCCAACUUCUGCACUGUCUACGCCAAAAUGUGCAGCGGCCUGAUGGAACUUAAAGUGCCCACAUCAGACUAUUCAGGAUCUACAUUGGACUUCAUCAAUCUGCUGGUCGGUCACUGUGAGGAGGAGUUCAAGAAGGACGAGAAGGAUAACAAGCUCCUCCAGAAGAAGCUGAAAGAUCUGGAUGAAGCUGAAGAGGAGAAAGAGCAGCAGAUAUUAAAAGAAGAGCUGGAGGAGAUUAAGAUCAAAGCUCGCCUCUGUUCCCUCGGAAACAUCAAGUUCAUGGGGGAGCUUUAUAAGCAGAAGAUGCUCACAGACCAGUUCAUCUACAGAUGCAUCACGAAGCUGCUGGAGAACAACAAUGAGGAGAGCUUAGAGUCCCUCUGUAAACUGCUGUCGACUGCUGGAAAGGACCUUGACCUGGACAAUGGAAAGGCUCUGCUGGACAACUACUUCAAUCAGUUGGGAACAAUCGUAAAGGAGAGAAGAACCUCUUCACGGAUCCGUUUUAUGAUCCAGGAUGUUUUGGACCUCAGAAGGAACAACUGGAUUCCCAGGAGGAGCGAUCAGGGCCCCAAAACUAUCAAGGAGGUGCAUAAAGAUGCUGAAGUAGAGGACAACGUGGAGCAGCUUAAAGUUCAGCAAAAGCUGCUUUUACAACAAAGUAAAGUACAGGCUCAGAAUAAAAGCUGGAACACAAAGCCUGUCUACAACAAAAAAUCACCCAAUGAUGGAUCUCACCAAGGCAAAAUGCCCAAACCUUGUGCCUUUAACUAUGUGGAUGUGACCUCCGGACAAAAGGACUCUCUGAGAAGUCGGACCAAUAGCAGAAGAUCCGAGGAUGUCAGGUCACACACCCACUUUAGUGUGAAGCAAGAGAAGCAGUCAGGUAACGGAGACAGACAAUGUGUCUCCAACAAAGUAAAAAUGAGAAAAUAUGCCAGUCAGGAGAGCACAGAGAGUGCAGCAGUGAAGCGUGAACCGACUCAAGCACCAAAAGCCACAAUGAGUAAAGAGCAGCUGGAGAAGAAAUCAGUGGCUAUUAUUGAGGAAUAUCUGCACAUUAAUGACCUGAAGGAGGCGCUGCUGUGUGUGCAGGAGAUGAACAGCGCAUCUCUGCUCUUCAUUUUUGUAAGGAUUGGUGUAGAGACGACACUUGAGCGCAGCGCCAUUGAACGAGGACAUCUGGGUCUCCUGUUUCACCAUCUAAUUAGAAAUCAAAUUUUGCCCGCUGAGCAGUAUUACAAGGGGUUCCAGGAAAUUCUGGAGGUAGCUGAGGACAUGGUGGUUGAUAUUCCUCAUAUUUGGCUCUACCUGGCAGAAAUAAUCCCACCAGUGCUGCAGGACGAAGGAAUUCCAAUGGCUCAGCUCUUCAGAGAACUGGCUAAACCACUGCUGACUAUGGAGCAAGCUGCUAUGCUGCUGGUGCAGAUCAUCAACCAGCUGAGUAAGAAAAUGAGCUAUAAAGAAGCCCGAGGAUUGUGGGAUGAAGCAGGACUCAGCUGGAAGGACUUUCUUCCUGAAGGUGACGAUGAGAAUACAUUUGUGAUGGAACAGCUGCCUCCAGAAUGGACCACCAUGUAACAUCAAUAAAAUAAAACUGCUCGUACUUA